AAAAAAAAUCAAGUUAUUGAGUGUAAACUGUUAAGGUCUCCUUAGGGUUAAAGAAACUGAAGAAAAAGGAAAAACAAAAAAUAUAUAUAUAUAUAUACGAAGCUGAACAGCAGAAAAACACAAGCGAAAAGCAAAGCACUAAUCAUGAUUGUGUGUAAACGUAAAAUUAAAACCUUCCUUCUAUUCCUGUGCUCCAACCAACACACCAACACACCCCCCCCUUUUUAAUCACACAGCCAGCCGACUUAUCCGCUUCGCGUCAAAGUGUAAAUUGUUCGGUGUGAUCUUAACCUUACACGAUACCUCGAAAGGAACAAAAAAAAAAAAAAAAAAANAAAAAAAAAAAAAAGAAAAAAAAGGAUACCUUUUUUUUUUCUUUUUUUCUUUUUUCUAAAACAUUUGCCAAGCUACUACACCAAAAGAAAGGGAAGGAUAUUUCUCUCGACACUCGUUUCCCAAUCUAUCGCCUUCUUUUCCUCGUUUCUCUUCCCCUUCGCCUUUAAGGUCUCUUCCCCUCUCCCUCUCCUUUUCCUCCACCUAUCCCCUUCCCCUCGUCCCUCUUGCCUUGCCCCCAACUUUACUUCUGUCCCACCUGCUCCCUCCUAACCCUUACCCAUACUUUAAUCGAAUCCUCUUCACCGUUUCCAACCCCCUGCAAAAUCCAGUUCACUCUGGGUAACAAAAGAGUACUACUACUACUAUUAUUACUACUACUACUCUCCCGAUAUAUCCCCUUUAUCGAAAGAUUUAUCGUUAGAUGUGAAAAAUGAAUAUUUAUCGUACGGAUGAUUGUAAAACGUGCGUAAAAAUUAUGAUUGUCGUUAAAAUUAAAAUUUACGGUUAUUAAAAAAAGAAAAAAAAAAAAGAAAAAAGUUGUAUACGUCGCGACGAUUCUGCGAACGCGUUCUCUAAGCCCAGGAGCCGAUCCGCUCGUCGUCGUCGAUCCACUCGUUCCCGCGAACGUUUUCUUCUCUUUUUUCCUUUUUUUUUUUUUUUUUUUUUUUUCGCCACGACUCGAUGAAGAAAACGAGACAUCGAUUCGUUUAUCGUCCGCGAAAUCGGUUAUGGAUCGGUUACGGAUUAUUUCAUCGAUGCCUCGAUUCAAAACUUUUUUUUUUUUUUUUUACUCCCUCCCCCCCCUAUCAUUCGAUUAAAUAUUCCAUAAGAAGGAAUAUGAAAUUUGACGCGAGACGAAUCUCAUUCUCGUCCUUCGAGGCACGAUCUACACGAUCUAACGAACAAAAUAAAUGAAUGAAUAAAGAGAGAAAAAGAAAGUUUUUUUUUUCUUUCUUUUUUUUUUUUUUUUUUUUUUUUUAUAUACUUUCGACGCAACGCACAAUAACGCUCUCGAGAACUCAUCGCGUUAUCACCGAUACGCAGACGCGCGAAAAUAAUGAAAAAAAGUAACGGCGGGCGCGUCAUCUUGGAUCGGACGGGAUCCCGGCCGGGCAAAAGAGGGUUCGAGAGAAUGAGGAUAGGGGAAAUUUCUGGCUCGACGACGACGACGACGACGACGACGACGACAGCUACGACGGCUCCUGCACAAAUUAGAUACGCGCGAGAGGUAUGAGCCUCGUUCAUCGACGAACGGGACGAUUGAAUCGCGACAAUUGGGACGAUCGGCGCUAACGGCGUAAUUAACGAGGCUGCCGUAUAAUGAUUUCCCAGUGACACAGUCGCGUCAACGUGUCUGCCACGGCGAUUUCGUUUAACGAGACUGAAUGAAAUUCGUUUUCGUCGGAGAUUUUUUUCUCUCCGAGCAACGAUUGGUAAAAAAAUACGCCGUUUUUCUAAAAAAAAAAAACAAAGAAAAAAAAACAAAAGAAAAGAAGGAAGGAAGGAAGGAAGGAAGGAAGGAAGGAAGGAAGAAAAAGAUCGUUAUCUAUUUUUGCGGACAAUUAUAUUAAUAUUCGCUGGUGCGUAAAAGUAAUUGGACAACGUUCUGUGAUCUUUUCAAAACAUCAUCGGCGCCCGGACAAAUUUUUUUCUUUUGUCCGUUUUUCGAUAGAGCCGAGAAAAACUUUCGAAACUUUCGUUUCUGAACGGAAAAGGAGUAGGGUGGAUAACGAGGUCGCAUAGAUUAGGGCAGAUAUCGUUGCCAACGCGGCUGUAGGAAAGCGAAUAGAAGCGUCGAUUUAUUUGUUUUAUUUUCUUUUUUUUUUUUUUUUUUUUUUUCUCUUCGAGGAAGACGGCGGGAUAAAAGAGCGUGUCGAGAUAUCGAGAAGAAUACACGAAGAUGGAAUAUCCUUAGAUGUUGUUUCGCGUUGAUCGGUGAUCGUGUUUGAAUUUUGCAUUGGAAAAAUUGAAAAGGGUAAGAAUCAAAUUCGUCGAAGUGAAUUAAUCCCGAGGGAAUAAUUUUUUCGCGCUCGUAGAUUUCCGGCCGUCUCACUCCACCGUCGCGGACGAUACGCUGAAACGAAAAUAUCCGGCGAGAGACGGAUUAUUGGUCGAGGAAGGGAAGGAGAAAAAAAAAAAAAAAAAAAAAAAAAAGAAAAAGAAAAAAACGGGGGAAGAAAAAGAAAUCUUUAAGAAUUAAAAGAAGAUAUAUUAUAUUAAAAUAUCUGUGAUGUAAAAAGUAACAAAAUUUUGAUGUAUAUUUUUCACAAAUUAUUGUAACCAGCUAGUGUAUAUGUGUAAGAUUACGGAUAUAAAAGAAGAAAAAAAAAAAAAAAAAAAGAAAGAAACAAAUACUAUUGUAAUUACGGUGUGUGGAGACAAAAAUGACGGAGUAAGAGAGAGCGGAAUUUGAAAACGCCAACAAAACAAAAAGAAAAAAAGAAAAAAAAAAGAAAAAAAAAACAAAACAAAGGAAAGGAAAACCGAAACAAAAUAUUGAGGGAGAAGCGAGAUCGCGAGAUUAUAUACGUUUAUCCACACCGGUGGUCAGACGGGACCAAGAUGGCGGGCAUUGCUCGGAAAGUCGGGUCCAAAGAUUCUCGUUUUUUCAAAGCUUUUUGCUCCAUUUCGUUUAAGGUCGCGAUAUAUUUCCUUAUUACUUAUUCUGGGGAACGGAACAUUCGACCAUCGAAUCCUUCUCAUUCUCAUUGAAACGCGUCGAGAAAGGGCGGGAAAGAUGAGAAGGGGAGAAUUUUGAGAUAAAUUUUUCGCAAUAUAAAUUCUUCAUCGUUGAAAUUGAAUCAUUUUUAUAAAUCGUUUCUUCGUUGAUACGUCUGUCUCGUAAAAAAAAAAAAAAAAAAAAAAAAAAAUCGGAUGCUUCUCCAUCAAAAACUGGAAGAUUUGGUCCGAUUGGCCCUGAAACGGCUCAAUGUCAGCUACCUCACAGAGUAUCGUCACGUUUGGUAUGGUUUGCGCAGGGGAUGUUCGCGUGUUUCGGUUUCCGAAGCGAAAUUGGAUGGCUGCCCAAUCAAUCUCGAUUCGUUUCUUUAUCAACACGAUCGUUCCUUUUAAAAAUUAUAUAUCUGUGGAUCAAAAUGCGGAGAAAAAACAAAACAAAAUUUCAUUUCGCCUCGACGAUUAAGUAGAAGAACGGAAUUUUGAACGGAACAAUCGAUCGACCAUUGGCCAAUCAGUUUCUUCGAACGGUAAACGCGCGAACUUCAUUGGAGUGGGGGUCGUGUGUAGAAAUGGUCUAAACAGUUCCAAAUUGUGCCUAAGUUUCGACGUUACGUUUUUACGACUCGCAACAGAACGAACGACGAAUGUAAUAACCGUAGCAACAAACUGAAGUUUUUUAGUUCGAUGGUGGGGUUGUUCCAAAAAUAAUAAUAAAAAAAAAAAACAAAAGAAAGGAGGCAGUGAACGGGAUAGAGGCAAAAAAAAAAAAAAAGAAAGGAAAAAAAAAAUAAAAAAAAAUAAAAGAAGAAGCGAUGGACGACUUUUAAGCUAAAUUUUUAAAAAAAAAGUAUAUUACCUCCGUAUAUACGUUCCAGGGCCGUCCGGCCGCCAUCUUGCGUUCAUUUUUACGUUCCGUUUUGUCGAAUAAGUGCAAUUAGGUACACUGACAUCAAACACGAACAACACAGACACGCAACUUCUCAACUCUUCGACACGCGCAUUCACAUACACAUUCCACACUUACUUACACGCAUACACACGCAUGACAACAGACGUCGAAGAAAAAUGAUGAAAACGAACUGUUACGCGCUAGGUUACCGUGUUUUUAAAUUCUAUUUUCAAUUCACGCAUUCUCGAAUGUUAGGAUUUUCGUGAUCAACGAAGAGCUGGCCUGUCGUUCACAUAAGGAUACACGUACACGUAUACAUACACACGUACAGAAACACACGAACACUUAAUUCACACAUACUCGCAUACACUGCAAAUAGCAGCCGACGUCGAUUCGACGACAAAGUAUGAUAUACGCCACUUUCAGUAUCUUCGAACGCUCGUGCUUUUCUUCGUUCAAUUUGGUUCUAGCACGAUUAUUCGUACGGUGACGUUUUUUUCGUACAAAAAUUUAACGAUCGCUCGUAUUUGGAUCAACGGGCAUUUAUUCGCGUUUUUCAACCGCGAAAGAAAAGAAAACGAAGGAACGAGGCACGCGCCCGAUCGAGGAUCGGAAAGGGGCGGAAGAAGAGAGUGGAAGAAAUUACCGCCUGAACCAACGUAUAGAAACCGAGAUGGUACGGUCCGUCAACGGUCGAAAACUUGGUACCUUUCUAAUUGGCUUUAAUGAUAAGCUCGUUGAUAAUUCGUAGGCUCUAGUCAUGCAAUGACUCUAAAAAAAAAAAAAAAAAAAAAAAGACGAGAAGUCGUCCCCCUCCCCCCGAGAAGCGAUAGCGGGCGAUCUUCAUCGUAAAUUCGUAUACGUUAAAACCUGACGACGCGACGCGACAAGAAGAAGAAACUUUUACCGAUUUGUGUUCAAUGGGCGAACAAGUCGACAAGGCGUCGAUUCGACGUCCGGCUCUGUACACCGAUAUAUAAUUAUAUAUAGAAACUUCUAACGCGUACGCGCGUUGAGCCGCGCGCACGCGCGAUCGCGCGCGCGACCCACGCGCAAGGGAAGGAAUCUAAAUAGAUAGGUAGAUAGAUAUACGAGAAAAAAGAAGAAGAAGAAGAAGAAGAAAAAGAAGAGAAAGAGAAAGAAAAAGAAAAGGGAAGAAAAAUCGGAAUCGAUUUGAAAGCGCGAGAAUGAGGAAAGAAAGAGGGAAAGCCAGUGCUCGACCACGCCUCCGACAACAGUCCGAAUCGCGGAUUCUCCUCGUAUUGCGACUGACAGCGAUUUCUUUGCAGAGCUCUCUCGCGACAAUUGCGGAAACGAACGAGCUACGCGAAAUCAUCCGUUCUCGCUGCCUAUUGGAAGAAAAUUCUUUUUUUCAUUAUCGGGCACGCGAUUCGUGUGCUCUUCGAUUCGGGACACCCGCGGAAAGACAGCUGCGAUCGGUCGGUACUCGGUCGGCAUAGACGCUCGUACUGCUUAUCGACGCAUUUUGAUUAAACCUUUUGUCGAAUAUAUUUUUCGUGUAUCGUUGCGCGAGUCGGCGAUUAUUCGAUCGUCGGAUCGAUCAAUCGGGAUAAAAUUAAAAUCGGUUCGGUUGAUGAAAUUCGAUGUUUCGGUGAAUCUAAAAAAUAGAGAGAGGGAGAGAAAGAAAAUAAAUAAACGUAUAUAGAGCGAUGUAAAGAAAGACGCGCGAUCGCUGCUGCAUAUAUCCGUAUAUCAACGGGCGUCAACGGGUGAAAACGGGAGUUCGUGAAAUAAAUAUAUUAUUCGUCCAUCAAAAGGUGAUGUAUUCUUUAAAGUACAAUUACUUCUUGUUCCAUAUAUACGAAUCGAAAUUACUUUCAUGUUCCUAUUUCGAAGUUUAAGGGGAGCGAACUGAGUCGAGUCUUGUUUGCGGCUAGAGCGAUGCGUCCUCGUCGGUCGCGGAUCUCAUAUUUCCGCGAAGGUGGCGGGCCAGAUCGGAGGCGGUCGGUCACAACACUGACUAUGCCUAGAAAACUUUUUCGACUAGUAGGCGUUAGGAAAACAAAAAAUGGCGCCGGUACUACAGUUACAGUUAGCACCGGUAGUACUCGUAGUUUGGCGCUUUAGUUGUUUGUAUAUCGCGUUCUUUCGUUCCUUUUCGUUUUUUUUUUUUUUUUUUUUUUUUUUUCUUUUUUUUAUAUAUCAUCAUCGUCACUGUGUAAGCCCGACCUCGCCGCGCAAAAAUCCGCGUCAAGGCGGGAAAUCGGGGAUGGACCGGGGUUGAACGCGAGGGAAUGGGAUGAGCCGCGCGAAACAAAGCCAAUCUUUUCAUUCGUAUGUAUCAUGCACGUAACGAGUAAUUAUAUAUCGUAUCAUUGGGAAGAUUAGCGUGGCGCCAUAUCGAAACGAUUGGUUAAAAUCGGCUGAAAUGACGAACGAAUCGGAACUUACGGUGGUUACUUACCUCGAUGUUUCAAUCAAACCUGUUUGUACCAAAAUCACACAGCGCAGUGAAAUCACACACCGCACCGGAAAUUCAAAGUACGACCAACUAGUUACGGACCAAGUACGCUGAACUGCCGGUGAAUUAAUCAAAAGACACGUCCGUGUGGCGACGCGUUACGUAUACGAGAGACUUUUUCGAGAGAUGUUCACCGUGUGUUCUCGUUCUUUGUUUCAUUCCCGAACCAGGAUUCCGGGGUUCUUCCAAUCGUUCCCCACCUUGGCGAGAAUACGUAAACGCGUCCCGCCGAAAUUCAACGAGGCGAGGCCGGGCACGUUCCGAUGCGCUACAAAGUUUUUAAAAGUUUAAAAGAAAAAUACGCGAGAGCGAAAGAGAUAAAUUAAGGACAAGAAGAAUUAAGCGAAAAAAAGAUAAAACAAAACAAAACAAAAAAAAAAAAAAAAAAGAGGAAAAACUAAGAAUCCAAAUCGGAUCUAAAUCCCCCCACGCUCCGAUCCCUCCGCACCGAAAUCCACCAUUUUUUGGACAUGAUCGUCAUAUCCAUCCACACGAGCAAACCCCUCCCCCUCCCUCCGGACAACCUAUGGCAAACGCAAUUUGAAAAAAAAAAAAAAAUUCACCUUGCAUUUUCCGACCACACACGCACACUCAGUGACACGCUAAAAACGAACACCAGAAGUUAAUAACAAAUAAUACACGCAGUCUGCUUUCUACAUACAGCUACAACAAUAUUGCAGCCUCCCGAUACCAGUCGUCUCCUUACAGUUUAAAGCGGGGUGCGUUCGUGACAGACGCCAUUUCGGCCCCGAUUAUCUCGUCGAUCGCCUUCCUUUCCUUUUAUCUCGCCUCGGGAACGCGCCUCGACGAUCUGUCGCGUGGUUCGAUCGAGAUCGAAAUCGCGAUUUUUUACGUAUCGAACACAAUAAUAACAUACCUAGGCACAAGGUGGAGAAAGGUGAUCGAUUCGAAAGGGGGGAAGCUCGACACGAACGAAGACGACACCGCGUUCCGCUCGGGGCCGGUGGCGUCGCAAAACGUCCGAUCGUUUCCCUGCGCGUGCCUACGGGUUGCAUACUCACCCGGGCACUUGUGAACAAUGCAACCGGCAACACAUACAAGCAGCAACAAUAGACAUCUCUCUCUGUCUGAGCAGGGCACGUCGCGAUCGCUCCACGCGGCCUCUCGCUGCGAUCGCCGUGCGUCCAAGUUAUACAAAUAUACAAGCCACUAAAAAAAAAAAAAAUCUAUACAUCUCAUAUUAUAUCCAACAGUGAUCAACGCAAACGCAGAUGCCACGAAGAGCAAUGCAAACAAAAAAAUAAAAUAAAAUAAAAUAAAAUAAAAUAAAAUAAAUAAUAAAUAAAUAAAAAUAAAAAUAAAAAUAAAAAUAAGCAAAGGAUCGCCCGGAGCCCGCAUCGUCGCGAUGCAAUCACGCCUUGGUUGAAUCGUUUUUCUCCGAUUCGGCUCGUCUCGUUUUCCACGAUCGCCGGAUUCGAGGAACGAUCGAUGCGCGUGGCUUUAGACGAUCGGGAUCGGGUGAAAGUCCCCUUCAAAUCAAAACCCGCAGUCAGCACAGAAAUAUAAACGAUAAGUGCAGAGGAAACAAACUACUAUAGUAAACAAAAAAAAAAAAAAAAGGUACAUAUUAUAUAUAUUAUAUAUAUAAAUAUAUAUAUAUAUAUUAUUAAUUAUUAUUAUUAAUUAUUAUUAAACAUACAUAAAAGAAUAUUAUUAACAACACAAAGAAGUACUAUAUUACUACUAUUAUUAAUUAUUAUGAUUCUUAUUAUAAAUUUAAUGAAAACAAUGAUAACAUUCCAACCGUCAAUGUGCCACACGACUUUUUAUAUGCUCUUAAAGAAAAAAAAAAAAUAAAUAAAUAAAUAAAAAAAAAAAAAAAUAAAAAAAAAAAUAAAAAAUAUUAGAGGGAACGCGAGAUUUUGCGAUAAUCGUCGUUGGUGAUCAUCGGAAAAGCAGCGCGGAGGGAAAACGUUUUUCGUAUCGUUGACUGAGAACCGCGUGUAAAGCGAGGCUGUGAAGAAAGAUCGGGACCCUUCUUCGAGCGUACCCUUCUCGAUUAAAAAGAAACGAUCGUUACGGAUCAAAGAGAAAAUAAGGAAAGGUGCACACAUUGUGAGGGGCGAAAACAUUGUCGCCAAUUUUCCCCUACGAUUAAAUAAUAAUAAUAAUCGAGUGCUCUCUACACGGUGAAGCUUCGAAGAUGGCGCGACGCGCCUUCGUCUCGUCGUUUCCCCAUUUUCAAAAAAAAAAAAAAAAAAAAAAGAAAAAAAAAGCAAAAAAAAAGAAAAAAAAGAAAGAAAGAAAGAAAGAUAAAAUUAUCCUCGAGACGAAACGUCGACGCGAAAACGAGCCGUCUUGCCGUCUAUUUCCGUAUAUUUCCUGGUCGACGACGGGAUCGAUCCUUAAAUAGGGCAUACUUAAUCGUUUCGACGAAUUCCCCCCCCCCCUCUCGAUUACGACGAUUGUCGUCGUAUAACGAAGCGCUUGUUCCGCCUAGCUCUAUACUAUAUAUAUAUAUAUAUACAUACAUACAUAUAUAUAUAUAUAUAUAUAUAUAUAUACACAUGCUAACGACCAGACUCAUUGAUUUAAUUACGCGUAUUAAUUGCUGUUACGUUUGUUCAUUAUUAUUAUUAAUAUUAUUAUCGAUAUUUUUAUUAACAUUGAUAUAGUUACAUUAUUAUUUUUUAUUACCGCUAUUUUUUAAUAAGUAGAAUAUAUACUCUCAGAAUAUAUUACUAUUAUUAUUAUUAUUAUUAUUAUUAUUAUUAUUAUUAUUAUUAUUAUUAUUACUAUUAUUAUGAUUAUUAUUAUUAUUAGAUAUUAAUUAUUGAUACCGUUGUUAGAAGGCGUCUGUGAAUUCGACGGGCAUGCGUUCGCGAACGAAUAACAGACACGCACGCAUACGUCUAUAUGUUAUACCAUUAUCAUUAUAAAUAUUAUCUUCUAUUAUUAGUACAGUUUAGAAUUACAUUGCAAGAAUACUAGUUAGUCCGCGAGCCUUUCAAAAAUUUACAUCACUCGUAAAUAUAGGAAUGCAUAUACAUAUUAGCAUGUAUAAGGAUCGUAGGUGGGCGUGUCUGCGUUAACGCGAAUAUAAUCGUGCGUUUGUUAAUAGAUUAGUUUACGUGGUACUUAUCAUUAAUCAUCCUCACCUAUCUCAUUAUCGUUAUCAUCGAAUCAUCUGUAUCGUUAUCAUUGUCCUCCUUACAUAUCGUUUCCCGGAUCAUCGUUACUUUUACUAUUAUUAUUAUUAUUAUUAUUAUUAUUAUUAUUAUUAUUAUUAUUAUUAUUAUUAUUAUCCUCAUCGUCGUCAUUAUUCAUCAUGAUCGUUACGUAUUCGUUAAGAUUAUCGAUUAGUUGUUUCAAUUUUAAAAAAAGAAAAAAAAAAAACACGCACGAAAUACGAUCAAUUUCUUAAGCAUACGUACGUUCAUCUUCUUUUUCUUUUCUUUUUUUUUUUUUUUUUUUUUUACACAUUCUAACAUGUUUUUUUUUUUUUUAUAUUUUUAAAAUAACGCGAGGCCCACGAGACAAACCCAAGUGCAAUCUUUUAUUUCUUGUUACUUUUGUCGUAGAUUACUUUCCCGUUUCUUAUCCCGACUCCGGCCCGUGAACACCUCCCAUUCGUUGUUAGUUUCUUCUACGAAUCUAAGCUUUUCUUACGUAGCUCUAUCGAGUUUCUUCUCUCCUCGCGCCUCUCUCUCCCCUUCCCCUCUUCUUUUCGUUCAAAGUACUUAUAGUUCUCUCGCGAACAGACAGAGGAAACGGUCGAGUAAUACGUUCAUACCUGGAAAAGGGGAAACCUUCAAAUACCACCGAUUUUAUUUCAAGCUUCGUUAUCGAUUGUUCUUAUUUGUCUUUUUUCUUUUGAUCGCUUCAAUCUUCUCCUCUACUACUGUUUCUUUUUUUUUUUCCACAAAUUCCUCGGCGCGCGUCGAUCAAAGUCGAAGAAAAAAAAAAAAGAAGGAAAAUAACGUUCGAUCGAUCAUUCUCUCCAGUCGUUUCGGUCAUUCCACGAUCAUUCCGUAUUUGUUUUUAAAAAAAUUUUUUUUUCUACUCAGCCUGUGUUUCAACGGGCACAGACGAUCCACUGGAAGAACGAUGGAUGUUCGAACGAUCUUUCGAUUCGCGAAUGCGCGAUAUAUCUCGCAUAUAUCCGAUUCUUAUCGAGGAUAAACGAAACACGUGAAAAACGUGAUCGAUGCUGCGCGCGCCGUUUCCUUUUUUCGAAAAUCUCGAUAACUUUCCCUUAUUUUCUCUUUCGUUGGACCGAUAAUAUAAUUAGUGUUAGUGUUUACCAUCGGCAAACAGGGCAUUCACAUCGUAUAUCGAAUCGAGAAGUUGAACACGAGUGACGAGGAGUUUAACGAGUGAGUCGCGUCGAGAGGCGAAGAUUAAACACAUUCCGCGGAAGAUCUUCGUUCCGCAGCUCUUCUCUUUUAUAUUAUAAUAAUAAUAAUAAUAAUAAUAAUAAUAAUAAUAAUAUUAAUAAUAAUAAUAAUAUGUCCGAUAUGUGGACGUUCGCGCGUCUCUUCGCGCUGCUUUGCCACGUCGAAGGCGCGAUCGUUUAAACAACUUGUAUAAUCUAAUUUGGGCAUAAAAUCGCGCGAACACCGGCACGCGGUGUUUGCCCGUGCGUCGAAUAGAGAUCAACCUUGUACAUACCGCGUAUAGACAUUAUGCAUCACUUUCUGUAAAACUGACACGUACACACGUACACAUCAAAUCACCACAAUGCUGCGAUUACGACACGAUUACUAACCUUACCGGUACAAUACUGUUUUUCCUUCAUCGAGUUUUCAACGAUUACGAUGAUAUUUUCUUUAAAAAAAAAAAAAAUUCAUCGAAUCGCGAAACAAGAUCUUUUCAGCCAUAUUCUUUUUCGUCUAAGUUUGCUCGAUACUCGUUUGAUGCGAUAGAUCGAACGAAUAUCGAAUAACGUUUGACGAGAACGCCCUCUUUCUUCUUUUAGAUGGAAACUCGGGCAAAAAUCGAAGAAGAAAAAGAAAAAAAAGAUAAAUAUAAUUGCAACAGUCCCCUGGUCCCUAAGCACUCGUUGAACACUCGUCUAAUCGCAACAGAGCCAGUCUUAAAUGUCUUGUAAAGUAACAAAAAAAAGCGGAGCAAAACCGUGGACGCUUUCGCGCAGGCGUAUUUCGGCGUGGCGUAUCUAUCGUUUAAUCUCGCCUGCCGAAAGCUUAUAUUUCUUAGGUAGCCCUUGUGUAUAGAUGAUGCUAAGUUUCCAGUGUAUCGAUAUGUACGGUGUAUUUCCGACGCGCAAGUUCGAUCGGUUCGAUCGAUCGACCAUCGACAUAACCCCCCCACCCCCCACCCCACAGAACGUAGCCGAUAUUAAGUUUUCAUUUAUAUAUAUAUCUAUCUUUCUCUCUCUCCUUUCUCUCACCUCGCCCCUUUAUAUCGUAAUCGCUCGUAUCAAGUACAAUGCAAGUGUAACAGAUACACAUUCACGGAUAAACUUUUUUGCACGCAGUAAGAAUACAUAUAUAUAUAUAUAUAUAAAAAAAAAAAAUGAAAUAAUCUUCUUCGUACCUUCUCGCAGUCGGAUCCGAGUCUGAUCGCGAAUCUUCUUAUACAUUCUACUCUUGUAUCCCUGCCCUUGUCCGUUAGCCCUACCUCUCUCCUUAUUUUUCAACUCCUGUUUCGUUGAGCGGCAUAUCUCGUAGAGUUUAAGAGAACUUUGUACGGGCCGAGGCGUGCCUAUGGUCCGGUAUUACCCGCGAUUCUCCGCGAUUCUCUGCGGUUUUGAUCGUUCGAGAAAAAACGGCGAGUCUCGAAGAAGCGGGCGAUCGAUGCAUUCCCGCGAGUAGCUAGGCGCUACGGUUAGGUAUACGUCGUCGAAAUCUGGACCCCAGGUUGUCCUCGCCUCUUAUAGACGUAACACUUUCGCGUAAGCUCGUAACCAGAAAGAUCAUAUAUAAAGAAAUUGACGGUACACGCAUACGAAUACACGUAUACACGAAGGAAAAGGUAUACACGAAGUACAUUGAAGUUACGAGAAACGUCUGGCAACACACGACACACCGAUGCAGUUACGCGUGAAAUAAAACGGAUAUACAUGUAUACACGGGCAUAUAACGUGCACAUACACUUACAUUCAUACACAUGACACGGAGACAAGUACCCACACAGACGUGCGCGCGCAUAUACGUUUCGUAACGAAGUAUACAGUCUUAGCGCAGUGUUUCAUAUAGUUAGGUAGGAAACGUCGAGAGAAUAUUUUUUAUAUUCCACAUGGAUUUUACAGUUAUAUAUUAUCGUUUCGUAUCGAAAGGGAGGAGUUUAAAAAAGGCGCGUCCAAAGCGUUACAUAGAUUAUAUAUUAUAAAUACGAGACCUCUCGAUAUACGUGUCGCCAUUUAUUGUUUACACCGCGAUGAUUAUAUAUCGAUUAUCGGUCAUUCUUAUAGGCGGUAGGCGCUGUCGUUUAUAUAUAUAUACAUAUAUAUAUAUAUAUAUACACACACACACAUAUAAAUAUAUCUAUAUAUAUAUAUAUAGAUUAAUAUUAAAGCGGCGCGCAGAGGUCACGCGCGCGUUUACGCGGUGUGUAUAUGCGCCGCUAAUUAAUCUCGUUGACGAUUAUUAAUAAUCGCGAAUCCGCUAGGAGCAAUCGAGCAAACGGCGUCGCGUUCGAUCGUAACUCUGGGGAGGGAGGAGGGCCCUUUGAGUUCGUCCACGGUAACCCUACGUCCACGUGCGAGCGAAAUCACCGGCCCUUCAUUCGCUAUACUAGGCAGCCAUUCUCUAUUUCACUUUUAAAGGUCGAUCGCUCGUGCAAUUUUUUUUUCGUUUCGAACACUUUUCCUUUUCACCCGUUUCGCGAUGCAGGAGAGCUCGUUGGAGGAAUGUAAGCGGGAUCGAUUCAUUCAGACGAUACACACAACAUAACCUGUAUCUUUUACGAUACACACGUACACGUAUACAUAAACGAAUACAUACACGAAUACAUACACAUGCUCGCGACAAAUACACGGUACGGUUUAUUAUUUGUAAAAGAUUCGCGAAACAAUACGUAUAUACACGAAACACAUACUUGUACCACAAUUGUAAUACAUCGAUAGACCAAUCUUUCGAGAAGUAAGACGCAGUUACGAAUGCGCUUGACCAAUGUAUCGCGUGCGAGAUAUAUCGAUAUGCUUCGAUCGAACGAUGAGAACAGUCGAACGCGAAUUGUAUAGAAAGUUGACGUACGUAAUCGUAGCGCGAUUAGGAUCGUCGUUGGGAGAGAUUAAAAUCGUGUUUUCUUUUUUUUUCUUUUUUUUUUUUCUUUAACUGAAUUUCAAAAUCGAUAUAAUUUAUUUGUUAAUCGAUUCACGGAAUUAUGUAUACGGGGAAGAGAGGAUAUUCUGAAGUCGAUGGUCCGCGAUCGUCGAUUCGUUCGAGGUAUAAAAAAAAAAAAAAAACGAUCGUAUUCACCAGCGAUGACUGCGUGCACCAAUCGUCGGCAAAUUUAUUUCGAUAAUUGUUAAAUUAUAAUCGUGGAUCCGGCAGCCAAUGGAAAUUUAUCGAUGAUCGCUCGCCAUAUUUCGAUUUUUUAUUAAACCGAUAACAAAGAACCAACCGUCUGCCGCGAGUGAUCGUCGAUAAAGAAAAUUUUACGGUAUUCGGGGGAGGCAAACAUUGAUGCAUGAGUCCUCGAUGGUCUAACGGAAGCGGCUGUAAAUGCGGUUUGAACGGUUGAGAUCGAAGCUUGAUCGAGAGAGAGAGAGAAAAAAAAAAGACAUACUUUGGGCAUUCUUUUGAAUCGCGUUCGAAUGCGAAUUGCGAAUGAAUGAGAGUGGCGAGUGACGAACAGAUCGCAAGUACGUGGUUCGCAACUUUGAAACAUGUGAUACGUCGGUCGGCAGAAUUGACUUCCGGUUAUCGGGAACGAUCGGAAGAAGGGAGAAGGGAUGAUUGGGAGAAAGGAAAAAAGGGGAAACGUAAGCACGAAACGAAACAACGUAAGCAUAUACUGGCAGUGGAUUCGCUGGCUGACGCAUUUUUUAAAGAUUCUUUGAAGUAGGAACGCUCUUUUGUUGAAGGUUGAUUGUUAUCAAAAUGGUUGUGAGGUUAUAAUGUUUGAAAUGUGUUAAUGAUGCGACGCGAAAGUUCGAUCGACCGAUCGACACGACUUCCGGAAACGAAAUCGAUUCGUUCGAUUAAUCGAUUAUCGAUUGCGAUCGAAAGAAAUUUUUUUUUUUUUUUUCCCCUCGUUUCGAGAAGCCGUGUCGAUUGUCUCGCCGAAUAGCAGACGAGGAGACGAGUAGGAAAACGUGCGUUCACGUUCCAAAUUUUCUUUCGUUUUCUUUUUUUUUUUUUUUUUUUUUUUCUUCAUUCGAUUCGAUUUCCACAAGUCAUGAACAUUCCUUUUAAUCGAAGUUACAUUUUUUUCAACAUUACGUAGUUAUUUUUGCUAUUAUGAAUAGAAUAUACGAAUGGUCGAUCGGCCGUAGCAUUUAUUUCUCUAACAUUUAAAUUGAAUUCGAUUGGCGGGAGCGCACGUGUUCCCCCAAUAUUGUGAAAUUCGUCUCCGAGGAAGCGUGCAACUGGCAUUACCCCGCAUAAAGUCUGGUUCGAAUUGUGUGUUCAAUUUACGACAAAUCGAUGAUGUUUUCCCGCGCUGUUUCCUUUCGAUUCGAAUAGAU